CUGAGAGAGCUGGAUGAACAACAACGGACCAUGGCAAAGGGUAGCUUUUGCUUCAUCUCCUCCUCCUCUCGGGGAGGUUCGUUAUGCCCGAAGGCCUACCCCUUUCUUCUCUUUGUGUUUCCAGUGAUGCUUUCUCUGAUGAUGUUCUUGCCUUGUGAAGCAAAGGAUCAAAUGGAUGGAUUUCUGAAUGCUUUAUUGUACGCUGAUGGUUGUGAGAAUUUCAAAGAUUUUGAUGGCUCUGUUGAAACUAAAGCAAGUUUUCCGUGCUACUUUGAUAUCAAGAAUGUGUGUUCUCAGUCGACUUCCUUGUGCUUUCCUUCUACCUUGAUUGGCUUAGGAACAAAAUUUGAUGGAUCACAUUCAGAAAAGUCAAACUUUGAUGUGGGCAAAGUUGGUUUUUGUGAAAGGUCACCUCUGUCGGAUCUAAAUCCAGUUGUUUUUUCUUCAGGAUCUUUAUGGCCACCUUAUGUGAAGAUGAGUCCUCCUUCGCUGGAUUGGGGAACCAAUAGUUUGCUCACCCCCUCUUUAGUUUACUUGGCUUUAGCUAACUUGCAUAAUAGUAGCGUGUUACAUGUCUUUGAACCAUUUAGUUCAGAUGGACAAUUCUAUGCUUAUGGCUUUGAGAAGUUUUCAUUGGCUCCUGGUGAAGCUAGUUCAAUUGCUUUUGUUUUCUUGCCUAGAAAUUUGGGUUUGGUUUCAGCUCAUAUUGUUCUUCAGACGAGCUUUGGAGGUUUUGUUAUCCAUGCCAAAGGAGUAGGUAUUGAGAAUCCUUAUCGAAUUGAUCCAUUUGGGGGAUUUGAGCUCUUGGCAGAUGGAAGAUUGAGUUGGAACUUGUCUUUGUACAAUCCUUUUGAUGAUGCACUAUAUGUUGAGGAAAUUAGUGCAAGGAUUUCAAUCUCCUCAGAAAAUGCUAGUCAUACUGAAGAUCUUAUAUGCAACUUUGGUUCUUUUUGCAAGAAUAGCCAACAAGAAGUCUCUUGGAUUGAGAUUAGACCUCAUAAGCAAGAACUGCAGCCUCAUAACACUGAAAUAAUCACGAAAUUGAAUUUGUGGCCUCCAGUUAAAGGCAAUAUUUCUGGAGUUAUUUGCAUUAAGUUACAGAGGUUUACACGAGACAAGUUUGAUAUGGUGGUAGUUCCCCUUGAGGCUGAAGUGGAUAGUAAUCCAACUUAUUACUCUUUAACGGGCUCAGUCUCAGUGUUUUUUGAGUCUCUUGUACCGUAUGAUGGAAGGGGAUUUGUGGGUACUGUUUCUGUAAGAAACCGAGCAUCUUAUUUAUUAAGUGUGCUGAGCAUUACAGAAAAUUUAGAAGUUUUUGAUAUCAAAUACAUGGAGGGUUUGUUGCUGUACCCUGGUACUAUAACGCAGAUAGCUUUAGUUAGUUAUGAUCUUCCUGAUGUUUCGGAGCAUAUACCACCAAAAGUUCCUUGGUUGGAUCCUAAUUGUAGACUGUCUUUAUUGACCAAUGAUUCCAUCAGUCCGCAAAUCGUGAUUCCUUGCCAGGGCUUAGUAAUUGGGUCAGGUUUUAUAGAGCCUGCAGUGUUGUUGACUGGACCGAAAUCUCAAAACCAGAAGCUAUCAAAUGCAAGGACUGAAUCUUUGGAAAGCAUUAUUGAAGAACCACUUCCACUGGAGUUAAAGUUUAUAGAACUACUGGAAGCAGAUAGAUUAAUACUUAGAAAUUGGAGAUCACAAGGUACCAUGAGCAAGUUGUCUGUGCUUAAAGACCAGGAGUUGCUGUUUCCAACUGUUCAAAUUGGCACUGAGUUCUCUAAGUGGAUCACUGUGCACAACCCUAGUCAAAAACCCGUUAUAAUGCAACUUGUAUUGAACCCAGGGGCAAUAGUUGAUCGCUGUGAAACUCCUGAUGAUCCGUUCAGACCUCCCUUAUUCAAAAUCACUUCUUUGGAAAUGCAAGAUGGGUUCUCAAUACCAGAACCAAUGACAACAGCGGCCAUUGUGCAUCCUUUAGAAAGUGCUCAAAUUGGCCCAGUGCUCUUUCGUCCCUCAAAGCAAUGCACUUGGAGAAGCUCAGCUUUGAUAAGAAACAAUCUUUCAGGAGUAGAAUGGUUACAAAUUCGAGCUUUUGGUGGAUCAUAUUCGCUUCUUCUACUCGACGGGUCUGAACCUGUGAACAAGAUAGAAAUCAACCUUAGCAAAACCUCACUCUUGUGGACAGUGAUGUGGAAACUAUUAGCAGUGAUUUUUAUAGCUUGUUUGGUGUUCUUCGUUUUCCUGCAUCCUCUUGAUUCAGAAAGCAAAGAGUAUUCUGUUAAGAAUGAGAAGCCCAUUGCAGUCAGCAGGACUGAGAAACCUUCUCGUGUUCACAGAAGCACAAGAAAUGCCAGGUCCAUAAAGAAAAAUGAAAAACUUGAGGAGGGUCUGCGGGUUGAUAGAUAUCCUUGUUUUGAACAUACUGCUCAAGAAAAUACUCAAAGGGUAAAGGAGAGGAUGGAUUCUGAUCAUCAAAACAAACCCACAAUGCAAUCCCCACUGCCUACUGAAAUAUCAGAAUCACCAGAAACUGGUAAUCUUACAGUGAAGGUUGUGAAAGAAAGAGGGAGGAGGAGAAAGCGAAGGGUUAAUGGAGGAGGAAUAGCAUCAAAGUUCGAAGUUUCAAGUAGCCAAAGUGGAAAUUCAACACCAUCUUCACCGAUGUCUCCAAAUGCUUUCACUCCAAAUUCUUCUUUUAGUUCACAAAAUCACGAGAAGAAACAAGAGUUGAGUUUUUCGGAGGAGCCGAGAGUAUCAGAACCUCAAAAGAAUGUUGGAAAGCCUGUUCUAUUACACUCUGCUACUUUCCCAAGUACUUCACUCUUUUUGGCCUCUUCUUCUCCUAUAGCUCCAUGUGCACGUGCUCCGGGUUCUAAGCUUAGUAAGGAAAAAGGAACGAAAACAAAGGAAGAUGUUGCUUUUGGAAAAGAGUAUGUUUAUGAUAUUUGGGGUAAUCACUUUUGUGGUCUUUUAAUUGGGAAACCAAAGGAGCUUUCGUCGAAGGUGUUUGAUGCUUCAAAAGGUGACUCGCAAAGUUUCUUCACAAGUGAUCCUCAGUCCCUCAUGAUGAUGUCAUCGGCACGAUCUAAAUCUUCAGGUCAUCAGUUGACCCCUCCUGAUGUAGAUUACCUUUAUGAAAAAAAGUAGUUCAGUUUCUACUAAUUGGUGCUUUUGCCAUGAAGUUUAAGUUUUUUGCUCAUUUUCAUUUUUA